AAUAUUUUAUUUUUUUGGCCAACACAGCCAGAGGUACCUGAUUCUCUUCAUCAGAUGACAACGAUCUGGCAUAGUCAUCAUUACCAUCAUUUAUCAAAAGGGAACCGUUCACUUUAGGUUAUUCAUCAUGUUCGGUUGUUUUUGAAGGUACGAAAUCACUGUCAUCAAAAACCAGAGGGUUAAAAGGUUCAAUGCCAAAAGCUCUUCAGCCAUUUACAGCAUUAUUUACAUUGGCUGCCCUGCAAUAAGCCUCCCUGAACAAAGGUCCUAUAUUUUUGUCGGUUAUUUGAGUUCCUGGAUGACUUAUUAGAAACGAAUCACACAUUUAAUUAAAAAAUGACUUAAAAAGUCCAAAAAACGAAACUUCCAAUGGUUAUAAUCGGUUGGUUGUGUGGGGAGGAAAUUCUACAAGCACAAUUCCACUUUCUUGGUAGAAGUUGAUACAGGAAGGGAAAUAUGGAAAGUGUGAUUAUCAACCAGUAACAAUACGGGAUCAUCAACAGACGAUUUUGUGUAGUGCGCAAAGUGUUUUAAGUAGUCAAGAAAAGUUUUCGCCGUCAUCCAGCCUAAAGCCUGAAGGUUGUGCCCUACCAUCACAACUGGAAGGACAACCAUUUAACAACUCGGGUUUCAUUCUAUUUCGGCCAAAUAUCAAACAUGGAGCGAGUUUGCCAGAGAACGAGAAAAAGUAGAAAAUCGCCAAGAGUUUUUAAAAUUAAGGCGAGCUGCACAGCUAGAACGGGAACUUAAUGGUUAUGUGCAAUGGAUUUGUAAAGCGGAGGAAGUAAUAUUAGCGGAGGAACGGACAACAGAAGAAGAAAAAUUGCACAUAAUGGAAGCUCGACGAAGGGCUGCAAGAAAGAAAAAAUUAAAAAGUAUAGGAAAGAGUAAAAGUACAGAUACCGAAGAAGAACAAGAAGAAGAUGAAAUGGGCGAUGAUGCAGGUUAUAGUAAAUCUUCUUACCUUAAGUCAAGAAUAAAAGGUCAGAGUGGCUGUGCAAAAUUUUGGAGAGUGGAGAAAAGGUUUCGUUUCUGCAUUCGACACGUGAUCAAAACGCAGUGGUUUUAUUGGUGCGUCAUUGUUUUGGUAUUGUUUAAUACGAUAUGCGUUGCUGUGGAGUACCACGGACAACCUAAGUGGCUCUCAAAUUUUUUAUAUUACGCCGAAUUCGUUUUCUUGGGUCUAUUUAUGACAGAAAUGUUCAUAAAGAUGUACGCCUUGGGACCAAGAAUUUACUUUGAAUCAGCCUUCAACCGAUUCGAUUGUGUAGUGAUAACGGGUUCCAUAUUCGAAGUUAUAUGGUCAGGACUAAAAGGUGGUUCUUUCGGGUUAUCUGUGCUGAGAGCUUUGAGGCUUCUGAGGAUAUUUAAAGUGACUAAAUACUGGUCGUCGCUGCGCAAUCUUGUUAUAUCGUUGCUCAAUUCAAUGCGAUCCAUUAUUUCGUUGUUGUUCCUUCUGUUCUUGUUCAUUCUUAUAUUCGCACUACUUGGGAUGCAGCUCUUCGGGGGACAGUUCAACUUUGAAGGGGGAACUCCCAAUGCCAACUUCAACACGUUUCCUAUCGCAUUGCUGACUGUGUUCCAGAUAUUGACUGGUGAGGACUGGAACGAAGUCAUGUACAAUGGUAUAAACGCCCUUGGAGGACCCAACGUCGCUAUGAUUUAUUCCCUUUAUUUCAUCGUCCUCAUGUUAUUCGGUAACUACACGCUCCUAAACGUCUUUCUCGCCAUCGCCGUCGACAACUUGGCCAACGCCCAGGAGUUGACGGCCGCUGAAGAAGAGCAAGCUGAGGAGAACAAAGAAAAGCAAGCUCUGGAACUAGAAAAGGAAAUGGAGGCCUUACAAAUGGAAGCAGGCGGUCUCAAAAUGGAUGCAACCGGCCUUUCUAGUCCUAUCAAAUCGACGAGAAAGAAAGUUGAGGAGAAAGCCGAAGAGGAAGAAAUCGUCGGUCCGAAACCUAUGCUGCCAUAUUCUAGCAUGUUUAUUCUUUCUUCAACUAAUCCAGUGAGGAGAGGUGCUCAUUGGGUAGUAAACCUACGUUACUUUGAUUUUUUUAUUAUGGUAGUGAUCUGUCUCAGUUCUAUUGCACUGGCAUGCGAAGAUCCAGUGGAUGAACAUGCAUUUCGAAACGUUAUUCUAGAUAAAUUCGAUUAUGCUUUCACCAGCGUUUUCGCAGUGGAAAUGUUGCUGAAAGUAAUCGAUUUAGGCAUUAUCCUCCACCCUGGAUCUUAUCUCAGGGAAGUUUGGAACAUUAUGGAUGCCGUAGUCGUAAUUUGUGCACUAGUCUCUAUGGGCUUUGAUUUUGCAAAGCGUCCAGAAGCUGCCAACUUGUCUACCAUAAAAUCUCUGCGAGUGUUACGUGUUCUUAGACCAUUAAAAACAAUUAAAAGAGUGCCGAAACUGAAAGCAGUAUUUGACUGCUUAGUGAACUCCUUAAAAAAUGUGAUAAAUAUUCUUAUAGUGUAUAUAUUAUUCCAAUUCAUAUUUGCUGUGAUUGCCGUUCAGUUGUUUAACGGAAAAUUUUUCUACUGUUCAGAUGCUAGUAAAUUUACUUCAGAGACCUGCCAAGGUCGGUUUUUUGUAUAUGAAGAAGACAGUGAUGUGCCUACGGUACAAAUUCGAGACUGGAGUCCUCAAAAAUUCCAUUACGACAACGUCCCUAUGGCAAUGUUGACGCUGUUUGCGGUUCAAACAGGAGAAGGAUGGCCUCAGAUUCUUCAAAAUUCCAUGGCUGCCACUUAUGAGGAUCAAGGCCCUAUUCAAAAUUUUCGAAUAGAGAUAUCGAUUUUCUAUAUUGUAUAUUUCGUAGUGUUUCCAUUCUUCUUUGUAAAUAUAUUCGUGGCCUUGAUCAUCAUCACAUUUCAAGAACAGGGUGAGGCUGAACUUCAAAGCGGAGAGAUUGAUAAGAACCAGAAAUCUUGUAUUGACUUCACAAUCCAAGCUCGUCCCUUAGAAAGGUACAUGCCAAAUAAGAGGAAUAGCUUCAAAUACAAAAUAUGGAGGAUUGUUGUUUCAACUCCCUUUGAAUAUUUUAUCAUGAUGUUAAUUGUCUUCAAUACGUUAUUAUUGAUGAUGAAGUACCACGAUUCUCCACCUUUGUUGUCCGACAUCCUCGCCGUUAUGAACAUACUUUUUACAUUUCUCUUCCUCUGUGAGACUCUUUUGAAGUUAAUCGCUUACGGUAUCAAGAAUUUCUUCAAGGACCCAUGGAAUACAUUUGACUUCGUAACAGUCAUUGGUAGUAUCGUGGAUGCUAUGGUUGUAGAAUUUGGAGAAAAUUUCAUUAAUGUUGGCUUCUUAAGACUAUUUAGAGCUGCGAGAUUGAUAAAACUACUUCGUCAAGGAUACACAAUAAGAAUUUUGCUUUGGACUUUUGUUCAGAGUUUCAAGGCACUUCCUUACGUUUGUGGUCUCAUAGCCAUGCUCUUCUUCAUUUAUGCCAUUAUUGGAAUGCAAGUAUUUGGAAAUAUUGAAGUUUCUCCAGAGACUUCUAUCGAUAGACAUAAUAAUUUCCGCAAUUUCAUUCAAGGAUUAAUGCUUUUAUUCAGAUGUGCCACAGGUGAAAAUUGGCCUAGCAUUAUGUUAUCUUGCAUAAGAGGCAGGUAUUGUGAUUCGAAUUCUGGAAAAAGUGGGACCCAAUGUGGUCACAAUAUAGCCUAUGCCUAUUUUGUGUCUUUUAUAUUCUUCUGUUCGUUCUUGAUGUUAAACUUGUUCGUAGCCGUUAUUAUGGACAAUUUUGAUUACUUAACACGAGAUCCUUCCAUAUUAGGUGCUCAUCAUUUGGACGAAUUUGUCAGAAUAUGGGCAGAAUACGAUCCAAAUGCUACAGGAAAAAUACAUUAUACUGAAAUGUACGAUAUGCUGAAAAACAUGGAUCCUCCACUAGGUUUUGGAAAUAAGUGCCCUAAUAGAUUAGCUUACAAAAAACUAAUUAGGAUGAACAUGCCAGUGGAUGACGACGGAAAAGUUAACUUUACGACAACGUUUUUCGCACUCGUCAGAGAAAAUCUCAGUAUCAAAAUGAGAACAGCGGAUGAAAUGGAUCAGGCCGACGAUGAAUUAAAAGAGACAAUCAAAAACAUUUGGCCCAUCCAGGCUAAAAACAUGGUGGACCUUCUAGUUCCUCCGAGUAGAGAACUAAAUACUGGAAAAAUGUCAGUUGGUAAAAUUUAUGGUGCUUUACUGAUUUUGGAAAGCUGGCGGAGUACGAGGUUCGGGCAGGUGGAGCCAACUGGUAUUCCGGCGAUGGACUUUCAGGAUAUCAUCACGUCACGGCGGCCAUCUUGUGACAGCACUGGAGACCAAGCUCUCUUGCGACCUGGAAGUUUCGUUAAUCACCAUAGGAGAAGUCCAAGUCAUCAUCGACAAAAUUCCCCAUCAUACCAAAGAAGUCCGUCGCCUAGGAGAAGAUAUCCGCAACAUUUACAUCAUGAUAUAGGAUUCUCAGAUACUGUUUCGAACGUGGUAGAAAUUGUAAAACACGAACAUCAAAGGGCUUCUCAUCGACAUAGGUUUCCUCGAGGUAUUCCGAUGCAAAAGUCUGCAGCCCACCAGGGAAACGUGCAACAUAGUAAUCCUACAUUAGGAGGACGCAAAGGCCAAGGUAGAAGGUUGCCCCCGACGCCCUGCAAGCCCUCCACAUUGCAACUCCGACCAGGAUCCAUUAAUUUUCCAAAACUUAAUGCAUCCCCAACCCAUCAACAUUUUCAAUCACAAUCGGCGCACGUAACUCCUCACAACCAUCCGCAGACUUUCCCGCUCGAACGUGAACCUCUCAGGGAAAUUUCUCCUUCAGAGAAUCUCAAUGUAAAUGUGAAUAUCAAUAGUGUCACCAUGAACCCUGGUGUCAGGGAUACAAACCAAACUCCAUUAAGCUUCGAACAAGCUGUAGCGAUGGGCAGAGGUGGUAGAGUUUUACCGAGUCCAGUACCAAAUGGGUACAAACCUAAGCCAACCGGAUCUGGACAUUCGGAAUCCGAUGAAGAUGACUGGUGCUAGCAUUUGCUUAAUACUCUUUGAGAGUAUAGAGUAUAUUCAGUGUUUUGAUAUUAAAAGAGACUUUAACAAAUUAUUACUAUUACCAUUAUUACUAUUACUAGAAAUAAUCUGUUUUUAAAUUUCUGUGUACAGCUGGGUCACGUUAGAUUAUUGUAUGGAAAUAAGA